AUGGGGUAUUUAAAAUUACCUGUACUCAAGUACAAGGUAGCCUCGCAAUUACAAGCCCAUUUAGUGGCUAGACGCCAUGGUAUUACGCAAGGGACAUGGAAGACGGAUGCGCCGUCCGAUAUUCUUUGCUUGUUACAACACCCACCGACGUUUACGGCUGGACGUCGUAUACGAGAUCAUCAAGAUGCGGAACGUUUAAAAGCCUUGGGAGCUGAUUAUUUCGAGACGAUGCGAGGAGGCGAAUUGACGUUUCAUGGACCUGGACAAAUGAUGGCUUACCCGAUACUUGACAUUCGUGAUUACGGACUUAGUGUGAAAUGUUUUGUGUCUCGACUGGAGAAGAGUGUGAUAGAGACGUGUAAAAAAUACGAUGUGGAGACCAACACGACGGAACAUACGGGGGUGUGGGUAGGUCAAGAGAAAAAGAUAGCGGCUUUGGGUGUCCACUUGCAGAGAUAUGUGAGUAGUCAUGGUUUAGCGUUGAAUUGUGAUGUGGAUUUGAAGUGGUUUGAACAGAUUGUGGCCUGUGGUCUUGUGGAUAAAAAAGUGACUUCCUUGUCACAGGAAACGGGUCGCCAUGUGACGGUAGAGGAGGUGAUACCUGAUUUUGUACAGAGUUUUGGUCAGACCUUUCAAAAGGAGAUGGUGGCAGUGGAGAUACAAGAUAUCUUGUCUCCUACCGUUCUGGAAGAACUUGGAUUGUUCGUUGUUAGCUCAAUCAAAUGGAUCCCUUUAUCUCGUCAAUGCUCUCAAUGUCAGUUCCCGAUAGAAGAUACAACGGAAACUCUCGAUAUCAUGUUAUCUACUGUCACGCGUCCUCUGGAUGAUUUGAUUGACGCUUCUGCUGCAAACCAUGAACGAGGGAUCAAGGAAGCUUUACUAGAAUCACGAUUGGCGAAUAAAUAUUUACAAUUACAACUUUCAAACCGUCCUCCAGAGGAUCCAUCGAAUCAUAAAUCAGAAAAAAGUGAGGAUGUAUCACUCAUACUGGUAAAAGAACACUUGCAGCAAGUUAAAAAAACUUUGGCGUUGAGAGAAAAUCAGUUGCAUGUACUAGGCGGUGUCCUGGCUGAAGCAGAAAGAUGUACUCAACUUGUACUGCUUUUUACCUUUGUAGGUAUGAUUCUUUGGAGAUUCCUUCUCUAG